AAAAUGAAUAAGGUAGAAGCGAACAGGAAAGAAGAAAAAAGGGCAAAAACGUACAGCACCGGGGAUUCGCUGGUCGUCACCGACCCAACUACUAAUCCGGCGGUUGGUAGCUUAUCUAGGGGAGAGCGGACGGGAUCCCGAGUUUUCUACCACCUAUGGCCGUACGUGGUAGGGGGAAGGAAAAUUAUUCUAGAUAAAGGGUGA